AUGAAGAAGUUGCUGGGCAACAUCAAAAAGAAAAGUGACAGUCCAGAACGAAAUGGCAGUUCACCAAUGGUGCUUCCACAAGGUGACUCGCCGGAAGCAGUGGUUGUUCGUGAAAUGACCGCCUUCUGCGAAUCUGGCGCACCCAACUCUCAAGGCGCAGGCGACGAGUAUCUCCAUCUGCCGGCCAUUGUCGAUGCCGCAGAAUCCAGUCCUACCGCCGCCAAAGAGGCCGCUGCUACCAUCCGACGAUUCCUCUCCAAGGAGAAUUACACCCGGGGCUACGCACAAUAUAAUGCGGUUAUGCUGGCCCGUAUCCUUACCGACAACCCUGGCCUCGUCUUCACGCAGAAUUUUGACACAAAAUUUGUACAGACCAUAAAAGAGCUGCUCCGAGAUGGCAGAGACAAGAGUGUACAACAGAUUUUGAGGGAGACACUUGACUACUUCGAGUUUGAGAAGGCACCUGGAAAUGAUACACUCGGUCCUUUGAUGGAAAUGUGGAGGAAAGAAAAGGGAAAGCGGAAUACCCUUCGUCCUUCGAAUUACCGUGUACCUCCUCCACCACCCGCAGGGCAAUACCAAUACCAACAGCAUGGCAAUCGUUACGGACGUGAAAACCUCCUUCCUCCCCCCGAAGAGCUGGCGGCACGCAUUGAAGAGGCGAAGACGACUGCUCGACUACUGGUUCAGACCGUUCAAUCAACACCGCAAUCCGAGCUACUCGCAAACGAUCUGGUCACGGAAUUCGGAGGUCGAGCGAGGAAUGCCCAGAAGAGCAUUCAGAAUAUCAUGAAUUGUCAAAACCCGGCACCCGAUCCAGAUACAAUGCUCACGCUGAUAGAGACGAAUGAUCAGCUCAACAUAGCCAUGUCUAAAUACCAGAGGGCCAUGCUCCAAGCACGAAAGUCGAGUGGCCUCGCAACGCCUAGUCCUCAUGCUGAGACUCCGCCCCCGCAGAAUUUUGCAGCAAUGCCACAGCACAGCCUAGGCCAAAACGUCUACAGCAGUGGCCCCUUACAUGAUAAUAGGCCAUACCCCACAUCCCCGCCUCGCCGUCAGAAUUCUAUCCCAAGUCCAGUGAGUCCGCCUCGGGAAGAAACACCGGAGCAAUUUGAGCCACCUCCAGGACCUCCUCCUGGAGCCCGUGGUGCAGUCAGAGCUCAACCUCAGGCGACUGAGCAUGACUAUGCUGAUGCAUACUCUGCUCCCGAGCAAGCUCCUCCAAUUCCACAACGGAUGCGCCCACAAUCACAAUCAUAUGCCUACGGCGUACCCGAGAAUCCAUUUACAGACGACGCAGACGAACAGCCGGGGGCUCAGAAGCAGUCCAGUGGCGGCUUGAUCGAUUUCAGUGAAGAUUCGCCGUCAACUCUGCCGCAACAAGCACCCGGAAAUCAAUUUUCGAACGAGUCCUCGAGCGCGCAACCAAGACCCGGGCCAUACAAUAUAGAUUACGAGCCAACACAGAGUUACAUGGCUAGGCAGGACUCUUCAGCGGCACAUCUUACCAUGCAUGGUGGUUCCCCCCCUCAUAGUGCUGGGGGUCCGACAAAGACCAAUGGAGCGCAUGGAAGUAACCCUGUGAGUCCAGUAGACGAACCAGAGACGGUUGGACGACGAAUGAAUGAUAUGCGGAUUUGA